GGGCUGCCGCUGCUGCUCAUCUCCCUGGCCUUCGCCCAGGAGAUCUCCAUCGGUGCUCAGAUAAGCUGUUUUGCACCCAGCUCCUUCUCCUGGCGACAAGCUGCUUAUGUGGACUCCUAUUGCUGGGCAGCAGUGCAACAAAAGCAGACAUCCCAGAACAACUUGGAAAAUAUUCCCCUGUGGCUUCAUAAAUUUUUCCCCUACAUCCUUCUGCUGGUUGCCAUCCUGCUGUACCUGCCCUGUUUGUUCUGGCGCUUCACGGCAGCUCCACAUCUUUCCUCAGACCUGAAGUUUAUUAUGGAAGAGCUGGACAAAGCCUAUAACAGGGCAAUCAAGGCUGCUAAAUGCAUCUGCAGUGCAGACACCAAGGACCCUGCUGAUGUGGUGCCAAGUGCUAAUGAAAACUUGACUCAGAGUUUGUGGGAAAUAUCAGAGAGCCACUUCAAAUACCCAAUUGUGGAGCAAUACCUGAAGACAAAGAAGUUUUCCAAGUUUUUAAUUAUCAAAUAUGUUAUCUGCCGUUUACUGACCCUGGUGAUUAUUUUCAUUGCAUGCCUCUACCUGGGCUAUUACAUUAGCCUCUCCUCUCUGAGUGAUGAGUUUCUCUGCACUAUCAAAACAGGAAUCUUGAAGAAUGACACAAGUGUCCCAGAAAGGGUUCAAUGCAAACUUAUUGCUGUUGGGGUCUUCAAGGUCCUCAGCUACAUUAACUUGAUAGUCUAUCUUCUAGUGAUGCCCCUGGUUGUGUAUGCCAUGUUUGUUCCCUUCCGCUGGAAUUCAAGGAUUCUUAAAGUGUAUGAAAUCCUGCCAACUUUUGAUAUUCUGAAAGUUAAGUCAAAAAGUUUUGAUGACUUAAGCCUUUACCUCCUCUUUCUUGAGGAAAAUGUAAGUGAACUUAAAUCAUUUAAAUGCCUCAAAGUGCUGGAGAACAUUGCAGCUUCUGAGAAGUUUGAUGUCAUGCAACUUUUGAUAAACCUGGGUACUAUUAAGACAGAUACUGUAGAUGGGAAGCCAUUGCCAAAGAAGCCUGAAGAAGCAGCUGCAGAAGAGCUAGAAAAAGAUGCUACAGAGCUACAAGGUAAGGUGAUCUGUUUUUUCCUUGAAAAAGGAAAAAAAAUACAGACCUGCUAG